UCCAGGGCUGGACUUGAUGAUCUCGGAGGUCUUUUCCAACCCAGCUGAUUCUGUGAUUCUCUGAUUGCCAUUCCUGUGGCAGCACAUGCUUGAGGCUCCAUCCCCAGGGUGAGAGAGAUGUCUGUCCAUAUCUAUCUGCAAGGUUAGUCUGUAAAUGUGUGGUGUUAGCAAAGCAGGCUGAGUUGUGGGCUGGUUGUAGAAGGAGAAAGAAGCCCCCAGCCCAGUGCAAGCAGGCAGCCCUCAGCUUGCACCUGAUGUCCCCUCCCUGCAGGUUCCUGUCCUUGAGCCCAGGCCCUGAGGUGAGGCUGAGAAUAAGUGCAAGGCAGAGGUGCUGCUGAGGAAGGAGAGCCCCGUGGUGGGGAAGGCACAAAGCUGUGAGUGCCCAUCCCCGAGCAGGUGCUGUGUCCAUCCCCUGUGUGCCAGGAUUUGUCCUUCCCAAAGCUUGGGCAGAUGAAGGAGGCUGCGAGGAAGAGGAAGAUGCCUUGGGCCCCCCAGGCAGGCCCCGAGCUGAGGACGGAGAGCCCGGAGGACAAAUCCCCCCGGCAGAGCCUGGUGGGAGAGGCCGUUUUGAAGGGCUCCCCGGCACAGGAAGGCAGCGGGGAGGAAAAGGGCCGGAGAUCCCCCCGCAGGAGGGGCUCCAAAGCCAGCCCAGGGUGCUCUGAGGAGGAAAGAGCCAGCCUGUGCCGGGAAGGCGGCCGGAGCUUGAGCCAGAGCUCUGAGCUGGUGGUCCCUGAGCAGCCUCCCAGCAGGGAGAAGCCCUUCAGGUGCUUGGAAUGUGGGAAGAGCUUCAGGAAGAGCACGAAACUCCUUGCCCACCAGCACAUUCACACUGGGGAACGGCCCUACACGUGUAGGGAAUGUGGGAAGAGCUUCAGGGACAGCUCCACCCUGAUCCUACACCAGCGCAUUCACACUGGGGAACGGCCCUGCACAUGUAGGGAAUGUGGGAAGAGCUUCAGGCAGAGCUCCACCCUGAUCCGACACCAGCGCAUCCACACUGGGGAACGGCCCUACACGUGUGGGGAGUGUGGGAAGAGCUUCAGGGACAACUCCCACCUCCGCACCCACCAUCUUAUCCACACUGGGGAACGGCCCUACACAUGUGGGGAGUGUGGGAAGAGCUUCAGGGACAUCUCCAACCUGAUCCAACACCAGCGCAUCCACAGUGGGGAACGGCCCUACACGUGUGGGGAAUGUGGGAAGAGGUUUCAGCGCAGAGGGAAUCUCCUCAGGCAUGAGCGGACACACACGGAUGAGAGGCCCUUCCGCUGCACCGACUGCGGGAAGGGCUUCAACCAGAACUCCACCCUCGUCACCCACCGGCGCAUCCACUGCAGGGAGAGGCCCUACAGCUCCAGCCCCCGCACCCACCAUCUUAUCCACACUGGGGAACGUCCCUACAGGUGCUCGGAAUGUGGGAAGAGGUUUAAGACCAGCUCCAAUCUCCUCCUGCAUGAGCGAACGCACACGGAUGAGAGGCCCUUCCGCUGCACCGACUGUGGGAAGGGCUUUAAGCGGAACUCCAUCCUCAUCAUCCACCAGCGGACACACACGGAUGAGAGGCCCUACAAGUGUGGGGAGUGUGGGAAGAGGUUUCAGCGCAGUGGGGAUCUCCUCAGGCAUGAGCAGACACACACGGAUGAGAGGCCCUUCCGCUGCACCGACUGCGGGAAGGGCUUUAAGCGGAACUCCCACCUCAUCACCCACCGGCGCAUCCACAGCGGGGAGAGGCCCUACAAGUGUGGGGAGUGUGGGAAGAGCUUCACCCAGAGCGGUAACUUGACCAAACACCAACGGACCCACCAGUAAGGGGAACCCUGCGAGUGCCCCGACUGUGGGAAGAGCUUUGGCCGCUGCUUCCACCCCGAAUGAAGCCCCUGAUGGGGAGGCAACCCCUGGAGUCCAGUGACUGUCACUCCAUCUCUUUCGACCACAAAGGGCCAGUCCCCUUUCCCAGGGGCAGCUUCUUCCAACAGAACCCUUCCUGGGGGUUGUGUGUGGAGAUUCCUGCCAUGGCUGGGGACCCCCAAAGGUCACUGCUGGAGGUUGAGAGCAGAGAUCUCCCCACCAGCGUUGGUCUGGGGGAGUUCCAUCCAUCUCUAAUUAAGAAUUAUUGCUUUUGUGCCAGUUUGAGUAGAAUUGCUUCAACAAUUGCUUUAGUGUAGAGCACUGUCCUGUCUUAUCCUGUACUCCUGGUAGUUUUAGUGUUUGUAUUGUGCAGUAAAUAAUUCUGAUGAA